AUGCGUCAUCGUGCAGCAGUCGAUGGGUCGGCCGCCGAGCAGGAGCGGCGGGCGGCUUUUCCGUCCCCUGCAGCCGUCCCCAGCGAGAAGCAGCAAGCGUCCCCGGGGGGGGGGGGAGACCCAGCCCGCUCCCGAGGCGGGAUGCGGAGGGAUGUUCCCCGGGAGAUGCGCAUCCUCGGCCCGGCCGGCUUUCCGCUGCAAGGCUGGAGCCGCUCCAGCGAGAGGAGCACGGCAAUAAGCCAGCGCUGGCCCGGCUCCUUCGAGCGGGAUGGAAACGGGCUCCCGCCACGGGCGCGGGGUUGGCACCUCCCCGUGGGGGACUGGUGUCGGACUGGUGGCUCCUGGCUGGGCUGGGGGCUCAGCCGCGUGUGGUCCCGGUUAAGCAGCCUGUCUUCCCUGGGUGAUUCGUCUUCAGAGCGGAGGUCUCCCGGGCACCACCGCCAGCCCUCCGACUCCUCCGAAACCACAGGUCUGGUGCAGCGCUGCGUCAUCAUCCAGAAGGACCAGCAUGGCUUCGGCUUCACCGUCAGCGGGGACCGCGUCGUCCUGGUGCAGUCGGUGCGGCCAGGGGGGGCGGCCAUGAGAGCCGGCGUGCAGGAGGGGGACCGGAUAGUCAAGGUGAACGGCACGAUGGUGACUAACAGCUCUCACCUCGAAGUGGUGAAGUUAAUCAAGUCCGGUGCCUACGUCGCUCUGACCCUCCUGGGCUCUCCCCCUCCUUCGGUGGGGCUCUCCAGUUCUCAGCAAGACGUGAGCAUGGCAGGGCCCCCCCCCCCCCCCCCGCCGCUCCCUCCGCCGCAGCGCAUCACCGACCCCAAGCCCCUGCAGGACCCCGAAGUCCAGAAGCACGCGACGCAGAUUCUCCGGAACAUGCUGCGGCAGGAGGAGGCAGAGUUACAGCGCUUCUACGAGGUGUACAGCCGAAACCCUGCCACCACGGUGGAGGAGCAGAUCGAGGGAGCGCGCCGGCGGGUCAGCCAGCUGCAGCUCAAAAUCCUCCAGGAGACUGGUGGCUCCAUGGAUUCGGGGCGGCUGUGCGGCGACUCCGGCUUGGCUGGUUUCAGGGUGAUGGAAGGACGCCUCUCCCUGGACUCGCAGGACGGUGACAGCGGGUUGGAGUCCGGGACGGAGCGGUUCCCCUCCGUGAGCGAGAUCUCCCUGAACCGCAACUCCGUCCUCUCCGACCACGGCCUGGACAGCCCGCGAACCUCCCCGGUCAUCACCGCCCGCCUCUUCCAGCACCAUCGCCGGCAGGGCUCCGACACCCCCUUCGCCCCUCCUGCCGAGCAGGGGUUAGACCGGACAGGACGACCCCUCAUCAUCGGGCCGGAGGAGGAUUAUGACCCAGGAUAUUUCAAUAACGAGUGCGACUCCCUCUUCCAGGACCUGGGCAAGCUGAAAUCCCGGCCGGCGCAUCUGGGGGUCUUCUUGCGCUACAUCUUCUCCCAGGCAGAUCCCAGCCCCCUGCUCUUCUACUUAUGCACGGACGUUUGCCAGCAGACGGCCACCAAGGAUUCCCGGGUCUUGGGGAAGGACAUCUGGAACAUCUUCUUGGACAGGAACGCGCCUCUCCGAGUGAAAGUGUCUGAGCAGCUCCUGGCUGAGAUCGAGACUCGCCUGCGGAAUGGGGACGAUGUCCGAGCCGCCCUCUUUGAAGCUCAGGAGAUGGUGAUGCCCGAGAUACAGGAGCAGAUCCAGGACUACAGAACAAAGCGCACCAUGGGCCUGGGGAGUCUGUACGGGGAGAACGACCUCUUGGACCUGGACGGGGACCCCCAGAAGGAGCGGCAAGUGGCCGAGAAGCAGCUGGCCCAGCUGGGCGACAUACUGUCAAAAUAUGAAGAGGACAGGAGCUCCCCCAUGGCCUUUGCCCUCAGCACGUAUAUGAACCACACAGGCAUCCGCAGCCGGGAGCCCCGGGUGGCCGGCACCAGCGAGAAGGCCCAGUCCCUCCCAGACAGGGACAAGUGGCUGCCCUUCUUCCCCAAGACCAAGAAGAGCAGCAGCACGAAGAAGGACAAGGAUGCCAUGGAAGACAAGAAACGCAACCCCAUCCUCAAGUACAUUGGGAAGCCCAAAAUCUCCUCCCAGAGCACAUUUCAUGUCCCUUUGUCCCCUGUUGAAGUCAAACCCGGCAAUGUGAGGAACAUCAUCCAGCACUUUGAGAACAACCAGCAUUACGAGAGCCAGGAGCCCGGCACCCAGCGUCUCUCCACCGGCAGCCUCCCCGAGGCCCCGCUUUCCCGCGCUGAGGUCAAGCUGGGCCGCUCGGAGAGCUUGAAAGGCCGGGAGGAGAUGAAGAAAUCCCGGAAAGCAGAAAACGUGCCUCGGUCCCGUAGCGAUGUGGACAUGGAUGCCGCAGCCGAGGCCACAAGGCUUCAUCAGUCGGCAUCAUCUUCCGCUUCCAGCCUGUCCACAAGGUCGCUGGAAAAUCCCACCCCCCCGUACACGCCGAAGAUGGGACGCAGGAGCAUCGAGUCGCCCAACCUGGGUUUCGGCGUGGACCCCUUCCUGCCUCAUCUCCUGGAGGACGAGCAGGGCCAGCUCUCCGACCUGGAGCCUGAGCUGGAUUCCCAGAACUGGCAGCACACGGUCAGCCGAGAGCUGGUGGCCAACCUGCCGCAGAAGGAGAUCGACCGGCAAGAGGUGAUCAACGAGCUCUUUGCCACCGAAGGGUCUCACCUCCGCAUCCUCCGAGUCCUCGACCUCCUCUUCUACCAGCGGAUGAAGAAGGAGAGCCUGCUGUCCCGGGAAGAGCUGGCGCUCCUCUUCCCCAACCUCCCUGACCUUAUAGAAAUCCACAAUUCUCUCUCCGAAUCCAUGAAGAAGCUCCGGGAAGAAGGACCAAUCAUCAAAGAAAUUGGGGAUCUCAUGCUGUCUCGGUUCGAUGGCCUGGCCAAAGAGGAAAUCCAGCAGGUCGCUGCUGACUUCUGCUCUUACCAAUCCAUCGCCCUAGAGCUGAUCAAAACCAAGCAGCGCAAGGAGACCCGUUUCCAGAUCUUCAUGCAGGAAGCGGAAAGCAAUCCGCAGUGCCGGCGCCUGCAGCUCAAGGACUUGAUCAUCUCCGAAAUGCAGCGCCUGACCAAGUACCCGCUGCUGCUGGAGAACAUCAUCAAGCACACCGAGGCGGGCACCUCGGAGCACGACAAGCUGUGCCGAGCCCGGGACCAGUGCCGGGACAUCCUCAAGUAUGUGAACGAGGCGGUGAAGCGAGCGGAGAACCGGCACCGGCUGGAAAGCUACCAGAAACGCCUGGAUGCCACCUCGCUGGAGAGGACCAGCAACCCGCUGGCUGCCGAGUUCAAGAACCUGGACCUCACCUCGCGGCGCAUGAUCCACGAAGGGCCGCUCACCUGGCGCAUCAGCAAGGACAAGACUGUGGACCUGCACGUGCUGCUCCUCGAGGAUCUCUUGGUGCUGCUGCAGAAGCAGGACGAGAAACUGGUGCUCAAGUGCCACAGCAAGACGGCGCUGGGCUCUUCGGACAACAAGCAGACCUUCAGCCCCGUCCUCAAGCUCAACUCGGUGCUCAUCCGCUCCGUGGCCACAGAUAAACGAGCCCUCUUCAUCAUCUGCACGUCGGAGUUGGGACCCCAGAUCUACGAGCUGGUGGCGCUGACGUCCUCCGAGAAAAACACGUGGAUGGAGCUGCUGGAGGAGGCGGUGCAGAGCGCCACGAGGAAUGCCACCUUCCCCCCCAAGCGCCGGACGCUGGAGCCCACCCGCACAGCACCCUCCGGCCUGGUGUUACAGGACCCCGACGUCUCCCCCAUCCUGUCCCGAGGCGCCAGCUCUGGAGCAGAGGCGGAGGCAGAGGAUUGCUCCUCAGCAGACGACAAUCCCACCGCGCUCCUGGGCAGGGAGAAGCCCCCGGCGCUGCUGGAGGAGGCGGUGAGCAGCGAGGUGGAGGAAGGGGAGGAAGAACAGCUGCCUGCAGCCCCCCUGCCCGCAGGGGCCGGCGUGGAGGCGGCCGACACCCUCCCGGCCGAGCGGCCGGGGCCCCCCACGCGCCUGGCACUCCCGGGGCCCAUCGGCGCGGAGGGGCUGGCCGAAGCGGCGCUGGAGGAUGUGGAGAACCUGCGGCUCCUGAUCCUACGGAGGCUCCUGCCCUGUCGGGACGCGGAGCCCGAGGACGACCUGACGCCCACGCCGUCGGUCAUCGGGGGUGCCGGCCAGGCCUGGGACUCGGUGCUCUCCAGCCAGGAUUCAGCCUCCCAGGAGGUGCUGGCAGAGCCCCCGAGCGCCGCCGAGGACACGAAGCCUCGGUCGAGCCGGGAGGAGACGGAUGAGACGGGUCCGGCUGCCGAGGAGCCAAGCAGCUACAAAGUUGUCCGAAAAGCCCAGGCGGAGGGUGCUAAGGAGGCCACGCCCUCGCCAGGCAGCAGCCAAUCAGAAACUGAGCUGCAGGAAGGAGGCGGAGCUAAUGUAGAUGGUAAAAAGGAGGCACCCACCCGUCCCAGCCCCGCCGAAGGGUCCCCGGACCCCCCCGCUCCCCUCCGCGACGUGGACCUCAUCUUCCGCACCAUCGAGCAGCUGACGCUGAAGCUCAACAGGCUGAAAGCUGUCGAAACAGCCCACCGGGAGCUGCUGCGGUCCCUGGGGCGCAGCUCCUUGACCGACGCCACCCCCCUGGGGGGCUCAGCCCCGGAGAUGGACGGGUGGUCCCAGCAGCCCCCCAGCCCCGACGGUGACAGCCCCUUGUGUCGCGAAAAGGCAAGACGCGAGCUCUCCUUCGCCCGUGGGUGCGCGUGCGGCUCCUCGGGGGCCGGCUAG